CAUGCUUUCGCCGAAAAGCAUUUUACAAAUCUGACUUGGUGGCUAGAUUCACAACGAGUGUAGCUUUAAUUCAAUACCUCGUAUGUGUGUUUUAAUGAAAGUUUGAGUUUUAUCGAAAACUUUCGGUGGCGCUCUAAAAUAUCCGCUGAUUUGAUCCCGCCACAGGGACCUCCUCCCUAACAAAUAUGACAGGUUUCAUAACACUGAUAUAUCUGAAUACGCUGAAAAAAAUAUACUGCCACUAUUUUCACCACCAAAGAAUAGCAGUGUGGCUUUAAAAUGAUUUGACUCUUUGCAGGCUGUCAGGCUGUCUAGUCACAGAGGAAGGCUGUGCUUCUCUGGUCUCAGCUCUGAGGUCAAACCCCUCACACCUGAGAGAGCUGGAUCUGAGCUACAAUCACCCAGGAGACUCAGGAGUCAGACUGCUCUCUGCUGGACUGGAGGAUCCACACUGCAGACUGGAGAAACUCAAUGUGGAACAUGGUGGAGAGAACAGAAUGAAACCUGGGCUUAGAAAAUAUGUCUGUGAUCUCACACUGGACCUAAACACAAUAAACAGACUCCUCUCUCUGUCUGAGGAGAACAGAAAGGUGACACGGAGGAGAGAGGAGCAGCCGUAUCCUGAUCACCCAGAGAGAUUUGAGGACUGGGAACAGGUGCUGUGUAGAGAGGGUCUGACUGGGCGUUGUUACUGGGAGGCAGAGUGGAGUGGGAGAGGGGCUAGAAUAGGAGUGACAUAUAAAGGAAUCAGCAGGAGAGGAAGAGCAGGGGGUAAGGACUGUCUUAUUGGAUACAAUGACAAGUCCUGGAGUCUGACCUGCUAUGACAACAAUUACACUGCCUGGCACAAUAGUAAUCCCACUACCAUAGACGUCCCCUCCUCCAGCCCCCACAGAGUAGGAGUGUAUCUGGACUGGCCAGCCGGCACUCUGUCCUUCUAUAGAGCCUCCUCUGACACACUGACCCACCUGUACACAUUCACCUCCACAUUCACUGAGCCCCUCUACCCAGCGUUUAGGGUUUGGGAUAAUGACUCCUCCUCAGUGUCCCUGUGUCAGUUGGUUCCUGUGUCAAACACAACAUGAUGUUUCACUCUAGUCAUGGGUUUUAUGUUUGAUCAGAAUAUGACCCUUAAAUACAUAGAGUAACAAACACCAAUUUGGGUUCAUUCCUUUAAAUAGUAACUCUGUGUCUGUCUCUUUCUGUGAUCCUGAGAGAAUGGUUCAGACGCACCACACACACAC